UUUUUUUUUUCAUUACAACUAAAGCAACUAACACAAUUAACACCUUAACACCUUAAUACCUCAAUACCUCAAUACCUCAACACCUUAACACUUUAACAACUUUACAUUUCAAAUCCACAAAAGCACAUUAAAACACGAUGGAUGAGCAAUACGAUAUCAUUGUCUUGGGCACCGGUUUGACCGAGUGUAUCCUCUCAGGUCUCCUUUCAAUUGAAGGCAAGAAAGUCUUGCAUCUGGACCGCAACGCUUAUUAUGGAGGUGAAAGUGCCAGUUUGAACUUGACUCAGCUCUUCAAAAAGUUCCGUGGAGACGAAGCUCCUUCCUCAUCCUUGGGGAAUGACACUUCCUACAAUGUUGACUUGGUGCCCAAGUUCAUGAUGGCCAAUGGUGAGCUUGUCAAGAUCUUGACUCAUACCGCUGUCACGCGCUACAUUAACUUCAAACAAAUUGCUGGCUCAUUUGUCUACCGUGAUGGUAAGAUCGCCAAGGUGCCUACCACAGAGGUCGAGGCAGCUCUGAGUCCCCUCGUGGGCGUAAUGGAGAAGAAUAGGGUCCGCAAAUUCUUUGAAUAUGUCCAAAAUUACAAUUUGGAGGAUCCCUCCACUCAAAAUGGCUUGGAUAUCAGGACCGUAUCCAUGGAGGAUGUUUACAAGUCCUUUGAGCUCGAAGCUGGCACCAUUGACUUUAUUGGUCAUGCUCUUGCUCUGCAUUUAGACGACAGUUACUUGACUCGUCCAGCUCAAGAGACUUUUGAGCGCAUCAGACUGUACGUCUCCUCUAUGGCUCGCUAUGGCAAGUCCCCUUACCUUUAUCCCGUCUAUGGCUUGGGCGACCUUCCUCAAGGAUUUGCUCGUCUGAGUGCAGUCUAUGGAAGCACAUAUAUGCUGGAUAAGAAGGUGGACGAGAUUGUCUAUGAUGCGAAUGGCAAGGCUACUGGUGUUCGUUCUGGGGAUGAGGUUGCUAAAGCUUCACAGAUCAUCUGUGAUCCUUCCUAUGCGCCUAAUAAAGUCCAGAAGAAGGCUCGUGUCAUCCGUGCCAUCUGUUUGCUCAACGGCCCUAUUCCCCAUACCGAUAAGGCCGAUUCCUUCCAGUUGAUCAUUCCUCAGAACCAGGUCAAGCGUAAGCAUGACAUCUACAUUGCUGGUCUGUCAGCCACCCAUGGUGUCUGUGACAAGGAUUACUACCUGGCUAUUGUCUCCACUAUUGUAGAGACUGAGAACCCAGAGCAGGAGAUCCAGCCUGCUUUGGACCUUCUUGGACCAUAUGUCGAAAAAUUUGUUCAAGUUGCUGAUAUUUGUGAACCAAUCCAAGAUGGUACUCAAGACCAAGUGUUCGUGUCAAAGUCAUACGAUGCCACUUCCCACUUUGAGUCCGUCUGCGAUGAUGUCAAGGAUUUGUACAAGCGCAUCACAGGCAACGAAUUGGUCUUGAAACAGCGACAGACCUUGGAAGAAGAAUACAAGGAGGCAUAAAAUACAAUUAAAAAAAGUUUAGCAAGUAACGUGAGAGAAUACUAUUGAAUUAAUUAAAUAAAAGAUAAAAAAAACCCCGUUU